AUGAGAAAAUAAAAAAGAGAAAGUGGAACGUCGACCUGGUAAUUCGGACACGGUUCCAUUUUUAUUUUUCCUUGUUAACAAAAUUUAAUACUCAAUCAACAAAAUUCAAUACCUUUUCCUCCAUUAUUUCAUCUUCUUCUUAAUUCUUAGUUGAUUGCGAUGGAUUUGAGUACGAGUCAGGAAUUCGAUUAUUUGUUCAAGUUGUUGAUGAUUGGGGACUCUGGAGUUGGCAAGAGUAGUCUCCUCCUCUGUUUCACCUCUGAUGCUUUCGAAGAUCUAUCCCCAACAAUUGGUGUUGAUUUUAAGGUCAAAUAUGUUACUAUGGAUGGUAAAAAGUUGAAGCUUGCCAUUUGGGAUACAGCUGGUCAGGAGAGAUUUAGAACACUAACAAGUUCUUAUUACCGAGGUGCGCAAGGGAUCAUUAUGGUUUACGAUGUCACUCGGCGAGAUACAUUUACAAAUCUCUCUGAAGUAUGGGCUAAGGAAAUAGACCUCUAUUCAACAAAUCAGGACUGCAUCAAGAUGCUUGUUGGAAACAAAGUGGAUAAGGAGAGUGAUAGAGUUGUGACAAAGAAAGAGGGAAUAGACUUUGCAAGGGAAUAUGGUUGCCUAUUUACUGAAUGCAGUGCUAAAACUCGAGUUAACGUACAACAAUGCUUUGAAGAGCUUGUUUUGAAGGUUUUGGACACACCUAGCCUCUUAGCCGAGGGAUCUAAAGGGGUCAAAAAGAACAUUUUUAAGGACAAGCCACCCCAGUCUGAUGCAGCCACAAGUGGUUGUUGCUAAGAAAAGGCUAUUUCACUCAAAGUAAAAAAUCACUGCCUAUUGAAGAUCUCAAAAAAAAGGGCGUUGAAUCCGUUUUCAGAAUCAGAGUUCUAAAACACGCUUAUUGGUGUUUAUUUAGCACCAGCUGAAGUCUUCUAAAAAAGAAUCCAUGCUCCUGGUUUGUCUGGAAUAUUUGUAAUAUAAUGAUUAUGGUUUUCUCUUCUUUUUCCUUAUUUGGAUUUUAUUAUUAUUAUUAUUUGCAUUUAAUUUCAUAUAUUUUGACGUGCAAGAAUCGUGGAUAUAUCAUGUUAUGAAAACCAAUUCUAAUUGUAAACAAUGCCUGGACAACAAUGUCAUGUAACUUUUUUAAAUAGACAAAUGUUAGUGUACUAGUUUUGUAAGUA